AAGAAGGGGGAAGAGCCGCAAAAGUGAUCCAGGACCUUUUCACCCUCCUCCGCUUGGCUUCACCAAAUCGGCGCGAUCGCUCUCACCAUGAAAGUAAGUCGGCUCAGAUUUACUUCCAAUUUUUCAUUUUCAAACAUAUCAUGUCAAAAUAAUAUUUUGUUGUCACUCACAUCUCCAGUGUGUAUUUUUUUUUUCUUAAUCGUGACUUUCCAGUGGUCUUAUCGGAUCACCGAGAGCUGUUUUUAAUAUUUUUGAGUCUCAUUACACGGAACACUAUUGAGAAACUAUAUUCUCUUAAGAGUGAUUGUUCAAGUAAUUGUAACUUGAAAUAACAGUGGUCUGGAUGUUAUGUUAUGUUGUAUUGUUCCUCCCAAAAAAAUACAUGUAAUACUAUAAUUUGAGUACUAAAAAUGGUUUUACUUCUCUUCAACUCCCACAGGGUUUGAAGACCAUCACUUUGACUUAUAUUUGUCUCUUUCUGGCUGCGUUUGUCACGCAAACCUGGAGUGCACCGAAAGGCUCUUUCCAACGGAGAAACUGGUCACCGCAGGCUAUGCUGUAUCUUAAAGGCACUCAAGGACGCAGGUUCAUCUCAGAGGACCGGAAAGAGGGAGAUGUGUACGACACUUUACACUUAGAGACCCGCAGUCAGAACACCGAGAAGCUGAGUGUGGACCAGGCUGCCACCAUUUUGCUCAACUUUUUGCAGCAAGCCAGGGACGGCGCUGAUGAAAACCCAGAUGAAGUGUACUUCCAGGAGAUCCCGGUCUGGAAGAGGGAAUACUUCUGAAAGCGGUCCUCGUUCCCGAUGGAUGCCCGUCGCCCGUUUCUGCGCGGCGGGGGAGCAGAAGAGAUAUUUUGUACGACGACGUUAGCAGCACAUCUGAAGAUUGCAUAUUUGAAAUGUGAUUGUUUUAAUAAACUGG